UAUCAUGACUUCAGCGAUUUUAUGUGGUAUAUGCCAGUAUAGGGAUACUAUCAAGGAUGCAAGGCAAUGGUGUACAAAUUGUGAAGAAGGACUUUGUGAAGACUGUGAAAAACUUCAUAGAUCUACAAAAAAUACCAGAACCCACAAAAUCAUUUCCAUUAAUGAUUAUCAACACAUAAAGGAUGUGGUGGUAAGCCAAGUAUGCGAGCAACAUGGGAAAAAUUACGAUUUGUACUGUCCUACACACGACAACGCUAUAUGUAUCGCCUGCGUUGAUCAGCAUAAAUCUUGUUCUCAAGUCUUUCCACUGAUCGAAGCUGUUGUAAAUAUAAAAGAAUCUACUGCACUUACGGACUUAGAAGAUACGAUAAAUGUGGUGCUACAAAAUAGUAAAAUCAAUAUGAUCGUGGAUAUCAAGUCAUCUGCUGAGGCAUUCGAUAAACAAGAGGAAAAUAUUAAGAAAUACAUAAAGGAAAUGCGAGAAAAAUUAAAUAAACAUUUAGAUGAUAUGGAGCAGAAAUUGACCAAAGAUUUUUCAACAAAGUCUGAAUAUUGUAAAACUGCAUACGCAAAUACAAUAAAGAAAAUAAUCUCAUCAUACGACAAGUUAGCAAAGUUAAAAAAUGAUACCGAAAGCCUGAAACGAAUUGCGUCAGACGAGCAAAUAUUUCUAGGAACGCGUGAAAUGAGCAAAGUGGUCGAAAAAGAAAUUAAUUCCAUGAAAUCCAUGUUUGACGCUGGAAAAUCAUAUGAAAUAAAACUUGAACUUGAUGCUAACAUUUCAUCAUUGUUAGACAAUGUUAGUCAUCUAGGCAUCAUAUCAAUCAAAGAAGACAAUGCCAAUAUGCAGUUCAAGGAAACAAAAUUAAAUCAAGCCAAAAUGCAAGUUUCAUUGCCACUCGUAAAUUCCGUACAAGAACUUCGAUUGAAACACAAGUUUAAGUUGGAAAAGGUUAGCUUGAAGAUGAUCGUGACCGGUUGUCUAAUGUUACCAAGUGGAGAUAUAGUUAUUGCCGAUAAAUGGGUUCAUAACAAAGUUGUCAAAUACAAUGAAUCUGGUAGCCAUGCCAAAGAUAUUUAAAUUGAUAAAAAUCCAUAUGAUUCAACAAUGAUUUUCCCAGAUCAUAUUGCUAUUACACAUGGAGUUUUUGGUCAUACGUUGGAUCUUCUAAAUCUUAAUACAGGUGUUGUCGAAAAGAAGAUUUCAACUUAUAUAUUUGCGAAGAAAGGUAACAUAACACAUGAUUGUUUCGGAACAUCUUAUUGGGACGGUAAAUUGUAUGUAAUGGUUGAAAUAGUUGGAAUAGUCGUGCUGGACAUAUCAGGCAAAACCUUAGAAACCCUGUCAAUAGAUACUGAAAACGGUCGGAACAUUGUCGUCUUUAAAGACAGGAUAUACUAUACUAACAGAAAUAAGAACACUAUUCAUUGCAUGAAUACCGUAGGUCAAGAAAUUUGGGUUUAUAAAGAUAUAUAUAUUGUUAAACCUUCUGGUUUAACUGUAGAUAGCAACCUUGACUUGCUUGUAUCAGGUGAAACAUCAAACAAUAUUAUACUAAUAAAACGCGACGGAAAAGAUAGCAAGGUUUUGCUGCAGCAAAAAGAUAAUCUAGUUAAACCAAAGGCAAUUUAUUUGAAUAGAGAAAGACGAGAACUAUUAGUAGGCAAUGAAAGCAACUAAUAUGCUGCAGUUUAUAAAGUAGUAUAGAUUAUCUAAAACGUUAAGUGUGUUAGGUUUAAUUCAUUAAGCAUUGUGACACCGAUUUUAGAUCAUUUUUCUUAUAUGUGAUUGGCAUUCAUUCGAGCUAAAAUUAAUCUUUCUGUCAACAAUUAUAUAAUAACAUGUCGUACAGAUUUUCCAAAAUAAAAAAGCUUAUAUAACAACGUAUUUGAUUUCAAUGAAAGAAAUAUUUCUGUAUUACUGAAAAAUUAUUACACCAAGGUUUUCUAUACCACAAACUAUUCAAAGCAUUUACUAAAUUGUAUCAUCGGUACAAGGACAACAUUCGUAAAUAUAAAUCUACAUGCAUACAUCUUACAAGUUCAGGUAUUUCACAUCCAAUCUUUCAUGAUAAUAUUCUUUACAAAGCACAAAAUUUCAACAUUCACCUCAAAAGCUAGUUAAACCUAUAAACAGGUUUAUUUAGAAGCAAAACAGUUACGGUACUGUAGUGCGAGCAUAUUUUGGUAUUAUUAUUGGUUCACUCAUUGGGUCUUUGCAUGGGAAAUAAAGACAUUUCUUCUAACACCAGUUGUUGGCAUGAUACGGGUUAUGUCCUCUCAUAUAUUUUCAAAUGGUAUGAUUCUAAACCGCUAACGAGAGGGAUUGUGCUUGAUUUUCAUAUGAUGAAAACAAAAUCUUUCAAUCAGUUUAAAUAAGAUCUGGAGCUGGCAUGUCAGUAACUGCUAGUAGUCCUUUGUUAAUCAUGUAUCAUUGUCAUUUUGUUUAUUUUCUUUUGUUACUUAUUCUGACAUCGGACUUCUUAAAAACAGAGUUUUACUAUGUGUAUACUGUGUGUUUGUGUAUUCUACAUUGGCUAUAUGUAUAGGGGAGGGUAAACGGACGAUAUCAUGAGUCGGUUGACCUUUAUGGAAUAUCCGUUUCACAGAUGGUAUCAUAUAUAUAUAUACCUUAUGUCGUAACUACAAUCCUGUUCCUGUUCAGGAAUGUGACCUACCGUAUCAGACUAUUUACCGGGUUUGUAAUAACAUGAGCAACACGACGGGUGCCACAUGUGGAGCAGGAUCUGCUUACCCUUGCAUUGCACCUGAGAUCACCCGCAGUUUUUCGUGGGGUUCGUGUUGCUUAGUCUUAAGUUUUCUAUGAUUAUUGUUUCAUGCUACUCAUUGCCGCAUACGAUAUGUAUGAAGAUUGUGGUAUUGUUUACUGUAUAUGUUAUAUUUGAUUUAAGAGAACAAUUAUCAAUGUAACAUGACCCAUAAUAAUGGUUCUCUUUAACAGUUAGAAUUUACGAAUGUUAAUGCCGAGAAUAUGCAGAUUUGCGAACGAUAUUUUUUAACAGUGUAUGUAAUAUAGAAAGUAAUUUUAGUAAUUUGAGUAAUGAGGAAAAAUUUUUAUUUAUGUUUCAUGAUGACAGAGUUUGUUAUUUUACAGCCAAAAUCUGCCAUGAAGUACUUUUUAAGAGAAAGUGUAUUUUAUACU